UGUUUCAUGGAUUUCAAAGCUGGAGGCACCUUGUGUCACAUUCUUGGAGCUGCUUACAAGUAUAAAAAUGAGCAGGGAUGGUCCUUUUCAGCAUUUCAAGAAGAAUGGUUGAGACCAGUGAUGAGAAAAGACAAGCAGGUGUUAGUGCAUUGGGGCUUUUACCCAGACAGUUAUGAUACCUGGAUCCAUAGUAAUGAUGUUGAUGCCGAAAUUGAAGAUCCACCAAUUCCAGAAAAGCCAUGGAAGGUUCAUGUGAAAUGGAUUUUGGACACUGACAUUUUUAAUGAAUGGAUGAAUGAGGAGGAUUAUGAGGUGGAUGAGAAUAGGAAGCCUGUGAGUUUUCGUCAGCGAAUUUCAACAAAGAAUGAAGAGCCAGUUAGAAGCCCAGAGAGAAGAGAUAGAAAAGCAUCAGCUAAUGCUCGGAAGAGAAAACAUUCACCUUCACCCCCUCCUCCCACACCCACAGAAUCACGAAAGAAGAGUGGAAAGAAAGGCCAAGCUAGUCUUUAUGGGAAACGGAGAAGUCAGAAAGAGGAAGAUGAGCAAGAAGAUCUUACUAAGGAUAUGGAAGACCCCACACCUGUACCCAACAUAGAGGAAGUAGUACUUCCCAAAAAUGGUUUGUAUUCUUUUGCAUGUUUCAAUUUUGCAGAUGAGCAAGAUGAAGAAACAGUGACAACAGGAGGAAAGGAAGAUGAAGAUCCUAGCAAAGGUGAUCAGAACCGGUCAGUUGACCCUAGUGAAGAUAAUGUGACAGAGCAGACCAAUCACAUUAUUAUUCCUAGCUACGCAUCAUGGUUUGAUUAUAACUGGCUGGUUCACCUUCUGAUUUUUAUCUUGCUUUUUAGAUACUUGGCAUAUCGAAAUUUUAUGAUUGACACGUAUCGUCUUAACCCCCAAGAGUAUUUAACCAGCACUGCUUGUCGGAGGAACUUGACUGGAGAUGUGUGUGCUGUGAUGAGGGUUCAUGCCUUUUUAGAGCAAUGGGGACUUGUUAAUUACCAAGUCGAUCCAGAAAGUAGACCUAUGGCAAUGGGACCUCCUCCUACUCCUCAUUUUAAUGUAUUAGCUGAUACUCCCUCUGGGCUUGUGCCACUGCAUCUUCGGUCACCUCAGAGUAAAGGUGCUAGUGCUGGAAGAGAAUGGACUGAACAGGAGACCCUUCUACUCCUCGAGGCCCUGGAGAUGUACAAGGAUGAUUGGAACAAAGUGUCAGAACAUGUUGGAAGUCGUACUCAGGAUGAAUGUAUCCUCCAUUUCUUGAGGCUUCCCAUUGAGGACCCAUACCUUGAGAAUUCAGAUGCUUCCCUUGGGCCUCUGGCCUACCAGCCUGUUCCCUUCAGUCAGUCAGGAAACCCCGUCAUGAGUACUGUUGCUUUUUUGGCAUCUGUAGUGGAUCCUCGUGUGGCAUCUGCUGCAGCUAAAGCAGCUUUGGAGGAGUUUUCUCGGGUCCGGGAGGAGGUACCACUGGAAUUGGUUGAAGCUCAUGUCAAGAAAGUACAAGAAGCAGCCCGGGCCUCCGGGAAAGUGGAUCCCACCUAUGGUCUGGAAAGUAGCUGUAUUGCAGGCACAGGCCCCGAUGAGCCAGAAAAGUUGGAAGGAGCUGAAGAGGAAAAAAUGGAAACAGACCCUGAUGGUCAGCAGCCUGAAAAGGCAGAAAGCAAAGUGGAAAAUGAAACAGAAGAAAGUGGUAAAGCACAAGAUGGAGAAAAUGAAAAAAACAGUGAGAAGGAACAGGAUAGUGAAGUUAGUGAGGAUACCAAAUCAGAAGAAAAGGAAACUGAAGAGAACAAAGAACUCCCUGAUACAUGUAAAGAAAGAGAGAGUGAUAUCGGGAAGAAGAAAGUAGAACAUGAAAUUUCUGAAGGAAAUGUUGCCACAGCCGCAGCAGCUGCUCUUGCCUCAGCAGCUACUAAAGCCAAGCAUCUUGCUGCUGUGGAAGAGAGAAAGAUCAAGUCGCUAGUAGCUCUCCUUGUCGAGACACAAAUGAAGAAACUAGAGAUCAAACUUCGACAUUUCGAGGAGCUGGAAACUAUCAUGGACAGAGAAAAAGAGGCUCUUGAACAGCAGAGGCAGCAGUUGCUUACUGAACGUCAGAACUUCCACAUGGAACAGCUAAAGUAUGCUGAAUUACGAGCCCGACAGCAAAUGGAACAGCAGCAGCAUGGCCAGAAUCCUCAACAGUCACACCAGCACUCAGGAGGACAGGGUCUAGCCCCACUUGGAGCAGCAGGGCACCCCAGUAUGAUGCCUCAUCAGCAGCCCCCUCCCUACCCUCUAAUGCACCACCAGAUGCCACCACCUCAUCCACCCCAGCCAGGUCAGAUACCAGGCCCAGGUUCCAUCAUACCUGGACAGCCCAUGCCAGGCCGCAUGAUUUCCACCGUUGCAGGCAACAUCCAUCCUUCUGGGAGUGGCCCUACCCCUCCUGGUAUGCCUCCAAUACCAGGAAAUAUCUUAGGACCCCGGGUACCCCUCACAGCACCUAACGGCAUGUAUCCCCCUCCGCCGCCGCAGCAGCAGCCACCACCACCACCACCUGCUGAUGGGGUCCCUCCACCUCCUCCAGGACCACCAGCCUCGGCCGCUCCUUAGCCUGGAAGAUAGAGGGAAUAUUCAUGCCCACUGCCACUAGCUGGAGUGGGGAUGACAAGACUUGGAUUUCUCAGCUUUCUUGGGUUUCUUUCAGGAUUUUUCUUCUUACAGCCCCAAGUACAUGUUCCUCCCCACUCCUCUUGCCACCCCUCUCCAUUCUCUGACACUUAGUGCGUCAGGUCCUCAGCCAAUACUCAAGGGGAAACCUGUGGUGACGGUGUGUCCUGGUCAUCCUAAAAAUAACUUGCAUCUCCCCUGUUCUGGGGUAGGGGUGUGCUGACAGUUUCUCAGCACAUAUUGUCAGCAUUAGUAUUCCAUAUCUUUAUCACUUUUGGUUUCCUGCAGUUUUUUGUUUUGUCUUAUGCUUCUAUGGAUAAUACUCUAUAGUCAUUACCUUCUUUCUUUCUGUUGUCAUUAUUGUUUUAAGGGAGAGCAACCUAAGUUAAUAGGAACCAAAAAAUGGUAGUGGGCAGAAGGGGAUAGCCAUAGGGGAUAAACCUUAAGGCAUUAUAAGUGACCUUAUUUCUGCUUAUCUGAGCUAAGAGUGGUGCUGGUGGUGAAUUGUGACAUAUAAUUGCACCAAAAUUAAAAGAGAUGGGGAAGGAAGACCUCACUUGAUUUUAUUCCCUAGUGAGGACUGUGAAGGCCUCCACCCUGCCUGGCAGAGCAUACCACUUUAGCUAGUACAUGGUACAGGAGAGCACAACAUUAGAACAAAUUAACUCCUUCCCCAGGCUUAUUGGUUCUGGUUUUCUAUGCAGAUGAUUUGUUGGAUGGGGGAUGGGAGGUUGUUUUGUUUUUCUGGGGGCAGUGUGAGCUUUUGAGUGUUGGAAUAUUGGGAGGCAUUCCUUAGUUUCCUAGGCUUCCCAAGAAUGUUUUAGGAGUCUGGGGCAGUGGCCCCACACUGAAUCAAGCCUACUAUUCACUGCUUUGUGUGCAUUCUUUUUUUAUUUUAUUUUCUUUCCUCUUUAAAAAAAGAAAAAACCCUUUAAAAGAAAAAAAAGUAGAUAGUGCUAAACACUUUAGCUCGUGGAACUUGGUUAGGAUAGCUGUGGGUACAGGUCCCCAAACUACCUCUUGCAGUAGCCAGGGUGAGUGGAAUUUUGUGAAGCGGUACUUUAGAUUUGGGAUGGGAUUGGACAAGCAAGGCAGGAUCAUCAACUUCUCAUACACAUCUUCUCCCUUCCCUUCCUUAAGAUCUCACAUUCCAUCUAUCAUAGAGUCUUCAAAGAGAUGCUGAAGGUACCAAGGAAUUCUCUUGGCAGUCAGAGCAUCAUGCUUUGAGGUUUAAGGUGCUCAUACUGGGAGAUGGAAUGCCAUUCCAGAGGAAGAGCCACAAAAUGCCUUAAUUUGAGCCCAUAUCUAUCUGUGCUAAUGAAUUACUUUAGAGUCUUGGUUUUCUCUUCUUGUCCUUCCCUCCCUUCUAUUCUUUUAUGAAUGGAGAAAAGGAUUUUUUUGGUAGGGUUUGAGCCCCUAUCUGUGCUAAAGAGUUACUUUAGAGUCUUGGUUUUCUCUUCUUGUCCUUCCCUCCAUUCUAUUCUUUUAUCCUUUUAUGAAUGGAGAAAAGGGUUUUUUUGGUAGGGCUUGGUUUCCAAAGCGCCUGGCUUCUUCACUUCACAUUCUUAAGUAACAGUUCCAUUAUUUAGAAUGCAAGGUGGAACAUCUUUUGGAUCUUUUUCUAUAUAUUUCCUAAAGCUUUGCAUACUAGAGGGUGUAGGGAGGUGUUUGUAAAACACCUUAGAACCUUUUUCCUUAAUAUCAGAAAGCAAAAAAAUAAAAAUAAAACCACAAUUGAGAUUUGCCUUUCAAACCCUCAGGUUUGCCUCUAAUCAGGGACCCUGGUCACCAUCAGAGUACUGGAAUAUUGGAAGCAAAGAGACCUUGUUCUGGACUUUUGGUGUGGAAAUGAGAAUGAGCUUAUUCCUACUGAAGUUUAGUUCCAAUGCAUUUGCCUCCAGAAAGACUCUAGUGCCUUUUGAUAAUGGCCAGGGUUUUCCUUACUUCCUGCCAGUUUUUCCCAAAGGAAACUCAUUCCAAAUACUUAUUACCUUUUCCCCUGGAGUUCUAGAAGUAAAAUGGAAUUCUGGUUCAUACUGUGGUCCCUUAUAACCUCAGGUCUUUAAUGUGAUCACUUUCAAAUUUAAAUGAUUCCAGGUGGAAAUAUUUUUACUAUGCUGGUAAUAAUCCUACAAAAUACCUGAAUUCUUAACACUGUUAUGUUUCAGUGUAAGUGUUGACUUUUUCUUUUCAUGUCUUCAAUCUGGUUUUAUUCCUGUAAUACAGCUGCCUGAUUUGGGGGAGGGGGGGAAUAAUACGUGGUUUUUGUAUAAAAGUGUUUCUCAGUGUGUUGUUAUUUUGGGGAAAUGAGGGGAGGGAGCUUUAAGAGAUUGGAGGAAUGGAUGAAGAAGACCCGAUCUCCCUCUUUUUCAGCGAAUAAAUGAAACACCGUUUCUGGA